CCUUGCGAGAAUCCCGCAUUCGGACUCCAACGCCUCUUGUUCGACUAGGAUUCAGCGCCCAUUUCACUCUAUCCUUAGAUACCUACCAUCGGCCUUGGUAUCUAAUCAUCUUUAGGUGCUUACAGCAACCCAGUUGGGGAGAUUUUCGUAGGGUUAACAAUUACGAGACAGAAGAGUCAAAAUAAACCGAGCACUACACCUGCAUACAAGUCUCACUGGAGGUACCAUUCUCACCACAUUACCACCAGUAUCGCGAGUUACUGUGGUCAUUUAUCAUCACCUUCAUAAUACUACCUUGGUUAUAUCUACUCCUACUACAUUUUACUCGCUCCAAAGAAAGGAAGAAAUAUCAUCACACCACCAUGGCCGAACCCAAAGUCGAAACCAUUAGUAAAAUCGAAAUCCAAACCUACCACCUCCCACCAACCCGACUGAUUCCUAACUCUCCACAUCGUCCGUUGAUCUAUUACCCCGGCCUCCUUCACCUUCUCAAAGACCACCAGAAGUCUCCGGCUGAUAACAAUCACCAUUCCUCUCUGGAUCCUACACGUCUAGCCACAAUCGCCUACGACACAUUCAUCUCCAACGGCUGGGACGUGCAAUGGAUCUACCGGUACGGCCGUACCCAAAGAUCUCACUAUCAUUCCUCCGUGCACGAGUGUAUGGCCGUGUUGAGUGGGAGUGCGACGAUACGAUUUGGGAUUGCAGACGGCGAAGCGGACGGCGGACCGGGAGCAAGGCGCGGAGCGAACGGUCCUACUUCCACUCACGAUCCUCCUUCCUUCAAAGGUGUUUUCAUCCACGCCCGCGCAGGCGACGUUUUUGUGCUGCCCGCCGGCGUGGCCCACAAGACGUACGACACUGAACCAAAUGCGGAAUUUGCGCUGUUGACGCCGGGGGAUGGACAUCGUAUAGAAGUACCACCUGACUCCUCUUCCACAUCCACCACCAACGCUGGAUCCGCUGCCACGGAUGCCAACGCCAGCGUCAACACAAGCGCUGCCGCCAGAAAGCGCAACGCAGUAAUCGAUACCCCGCUAUCUGGCUUCACCAUGCUCGGCGCGUAUCCCAGACUCACUGAGACCGGACAACCCGAUCCUGGGGAAUGGGACUUUGCGACGGGCGGUGAAGAUGUCGGACGGUACGAGAGGGUGUGGUCGGUGAAAAAGCCGGCGAGGGAUCCGUGUUUGGGAGUUGAUGAACGGGGGUUAUGGGGGUUAUGGUAGUAGGAAAGAACUUGAACAAUCCAUUACAGUACACACUUCCGCCCCAGGCCCUUCCCAGCAUAUAUACAUAUAUAUAUCACAGCAAGGAUCACAUCACAUCACGGCAUGAUUGGCGUUCAAUUGACUUGUCGUAUCAUUCCAUCAAUUGCUUCUGUUUUAUUGUUCUCAGACCAGAAGACCUUUACGCCAAUGCUUGAAUUUCAGUAACCUACACACCUUGGUACUUACCCACCUCGGUAUCUUUCAGUCAAUGAAUGAAUCAUGUAGAACGAAAUGUCACGUCGACCAGAACUGCAGCAAUA